AUGUUCCGCACGUAUACCAUGUCUCGGCUCGAUCCUUCCUCUUUGGAGUUCCCCUUUGUCUACUGGCAUCGCCCUAAUGAGAAGGACCAGAAAUUUGUUUCCUCCCUUUGGAUUUCUAUGAGGUGGUACGAUAAAGCCCUUUCUUGGAAAACUGGGGAUUUCUGUGGUAUUUGGGAAAUUCCUCUUUCUACUACAUUAGUGUGGAAGCCAGACCUUACAAUUGAAGAGAUGAUAAAGACGGAAAGCGCCCUGCCGAAUCCUUAUGUCAGGGUUGACUGGGAUGGUGAAGUCUAUCACAGGAUGAGCAUGGUGGUGACCAGCACCUGCAAGAUGGAAGUUUACAAAUUUCCCUUCGACGUUCAGAGUUGCGACCUGUCUUUCAAAUCAAUCACUCACCCUGUCUGGGAUGUGGAGCUUGUAGAGUUGCGUGACCUCAAUCGGACCAAAAAUUGGACUCAGGAAAUGAUGCGGACAGGCUCAGAGUGGCUGUUUGUCAACCUGAAAACUGUAAACGAAACUGUCGACAAUUUUGGCUUCGACCGAAGCAUGUUGGUUUACACUAUCACCAUGAAGAGGCGGUCUGUCCUCUAUGUCGCCAACUUCCUGCUGCCGGUCCUGUUCUUCUUCUGUCUGGACUUGGCCUCCUUCCUGAUCUCAGACAGCAGGGGCGAGAAGCUCAGCUUCAAGGUCACUGUGCUGCUCGCUAUAACUGUGAUGCAGCUUAUUCUCAAUGAGAUUCUGCCCUCCACUUCAGACAGUGUUCCACUGAUAGCUGUCUACUGCAUUGGGAUGUUUGGUUUAAUGAUGCUCAGCCUCAUUGAGACUAUUUUGGUGAUAUAUCUGAUGGAGAAAGACUUUGAAGCAGAUGAAUACCAAAGAUCAAAGAGUGAGGAUUGUGCUGAUAAACGGAGCAAAGUCAGCUUCUGCAGCUGCUGUAAAGAGCUGAAGAAAUGGACUCACUGUGCUCGUGAUGUGUCUCUUGAUGAACCUCCAUCUGAACUGUUGUCAGCAAACAAAGAGGGCAGCAGCAGUGAACUGACGGAGGAGUCCAUUGCCUUGGAGAAGGUCUCAGAUGAGCUGAAGGAGGUGAUUCAGCUCCUUAACAGCAGGGAGGAAGCAGGAAAGCUCGGCUACUGGACCAGAGUGGCUAAAACAAUCAACAAAGUUUUCCCAAUGGCUCUAUGGCCAACACGAACAGCAUCGGCGACAGAGGACAUCCCUGGCGAGUAG